AUGGCGUCUAUUUUCGACUCAGAGGAAGGAUCUGACAAACUGGGUGAAACUGCAGUCAUCUUUGCGGCCCUGGGUGCUACCAUUGGCAGUGGAAUCUCGCUAUGGAGCAUGGCAAUGCAUCUAAAAAACUAUAGGAGGCCCGACUUGCAACGUGCCAUCCUGCGAAUCAUAUGGAUGGUGCCAAUCUAUGCUAUUGCCUCAUUCACAUCACUAUCGUCAAGGUAUCUCUCAGACUACAUAGAUACCAUUCGAGAUGUUUACGAGGCGUUCGUGAUUUACACGUUUCUUACUCUGCUAAUAAACUAUCUGGGAGGAGAGCGAGCCAUCAUGUCUUUGAUGGAAACUCGCAUGAGAACUCAUCAUAUGUGGCCAUUCAGUCUGUGUCUUGACCCUCUCGAUGUAUCAAAUCCACAGACAUUCCUUUUAAUACGGCGCGGUGUAUUGCAAUUUGUCUUGAUUAAGCCAGUGCUCGCCCUCCUCAUCCUACUAUUGAAAAUAUCCGACUCGUACCAUGAGGGUUACAUUAGUUGGACAUCUGCUUACAUGUGGAUUAGUUUGAUAUAUAAUAUGUCUGUCUGCACUGCCAUGUACUUUUUGAUCAUGUUCUAUUAUAUAUGCUCCAAGGAUCUACAGCCAUAUCGACCAUUGCCGAAAUUCAUUUGUAUAAAAGCCAUCAUCUUCUUCUCAUUCUGGCAAGGCCUAACCAUCUCCUUCUUGGUUGCCCUGGGAGCAAUCCGAGCAAAGGGAGUCUACGACGCAAAUAACAUUGCUGUCGCUCUGCAGGAUUUCCUCAUAUGUAUUGAAUGCGUAGGAUUUGCUCUAGGACAUUGGUAUGCCUUCUCAUGGAAGGAUUACACUUCAUCACGACUGUCGUCACGUCUACCACUACGACACGCUUUAAAGGACGCUUUAGGUGUACGUGACAUAGUGAUAGAUUGGCGUCACACAUUAAGAGGCACAACCUUCCACUCAGGACCACGACUGACUCGUAGCCAUCUAUUCGAACGAGAAUUAGAAGAUGGUGAACGAGACUUUGUAUUAGGUGGUAAUCAACGAGCCUUCUAUGAUCCAGAUACUUUCAACUAUGCAACAAGGAGGAAUUACAAUGACUCGAUAUAUGGAGAUGCAUACUCGGAUGAAGAUGCCACAAGUCUAGAUUUCCCAGAUCUGGAUCAAGAUCCUGAACUGGAAUCCACAUACGAGAAGGCUCGAGACUUGCUUUAUGGAGACUAUAACUACCCUCCUCUCCCUGAAGAGGGCUUUAGGAAUCCUCCUCUUAUUCAGGAACGAAUCGAUGCAGCCCGAGGGCGAAUAUCACAGAUAUUUGAAGGGUUUCAGACGGAUGCAGCUGCCAAGAAGACCAGUGAAGAAGCACAGAGAGGGGCUGCGAGAUUGAGUAGAUCUCCUAUGCAAAAAGUGGUAGAUCCGUUUGCUGAACUGGCGGACGAGGAGCCCUUUAAAGGUGAUGAAGGGGAGGAGGCAGUGGCUAGUGAGGAAGAAGAUGGAGGCGAAGAUACCGGCUUGCUGGGCAAAGGGAAGGGCCGAAUAUAG